ACAGCCGCCAGACUGCGGUGCUGACCAUUAUAAUAGUUUAUCCCAUCAGCCUGGCUGACUCAACGUACUGAAUAUUAAUACAAGAAGGUAGAUUGCAGCGUGCGUAGAUCUUUUCCCUGCUAACCCCUGAGGGCUUCUCUUCGUACAGAUCCCUAUAGGCAAUGUGCUCCUUGGCACAACUGCAGUCAGCAUGGAUUCCCCAUCUCGUGUUAGCAACGCAGCAGAAAAAUAAUUGUCAGGAAGAGCAAAGUCAGCUCUUCUGCCAGGGGACAAGAAUGAAAUCCACACUGGAUGGAGAAGCCUCACUUGUCAGUGUGCAGCAGGAAAGACACAAGCCCUGCUAGAAGUGCCUGCAGUAUGACAUAAGCCUGUUGGGAUAUAUCAGCAGUGAUACGUACUCUACAAUCCUAGCUGUGGAUGCAGUAUGUGCAGUAGUGGGAGGGCAGGAAAUGGCUGAAAGUGGCAUAUGGUUCACUGGCACGCUGCCACCAUCUUCAGCUUGUGUUAAAUGAGGACACGAAUAUUGGCAAGCCUAUGCUACGGAGCUAUUUGUAGUGGAAUUCAGGUCUGUGCGGUGAAAUGGAUUUUACAGAAACAAGAGUAUCAACAAGAAAAUACAGAAGUUACAUCAAGCACUGAAAAUCACUAGCAUGCGGGAGGCUGGAGGAGCACCAUUAAACAUGGAUACUGGUACUGUCAAAAAACAUGAGUCGCCACUUACAGUCAAUGAACAGGUGAUUGUAAUGUCUGGUCAUGAGACUAUUCGGGUUUUGGAGGUAGGUGUGGAUACGCCAACUCAACCUGAAGAGUCUGGAAAACCUGAGGUGCCGCCAGUAUCUGAACCCUCCGUUACUAAUAAUUUGACAAGGGAGACAGUGCUGUGCCAAGCGGAGAAUUCAAGUGCAGAGCCUGUAGUGAAAUCUUCAGCUGGACUUGUCUCUCCUUCUCUGCCAACACUUUUCACUCAUGCCUCAAACCAUCCUCAGGCAACCCUUACAUCUUUUGCUUUACAGACUGCCCCCCAGGUCUUGACUCAGGAAAAUAUAGCAACACUUGUCACUGGGGUAAUGGCUCCCACAGGGGCGGUUAGUCAACCUGUUUUAAUCCCCAUCACUAUUCCUGGUCAAGUGGCUGGUCAACAGGGCCUGGCUGUCUGGAAUUUCCCCACUGCAACUCUAGCCACUAUUCCUGGAUUAGCUGCUACUCCACCUGCUGGUGGACUGUUCAAACUGCCUCUAGCAAACCUGCAAGCAGCAUCAGUCUUGAAUACUGCCUUACAAACUCCCGUUCAGGCAGCUCCAGCCAUCCAGACUGUUUACCAGGCACAGCCAGCAGUUCAAGCCCAAGCUGCACUACAGGCUGCUGUACAGCCACAGGCAGCACUACAGGUCCCAACAACUCUGCAAGCCCCAACAGCCAUGGUGUCCAGUAAUGUAGCCAAAGCAGAACCACAGACCCAUAUUACUGUCCAGCCAGCAAGCUUUACUUUUAAUCCAGCUAUUAUCAGUGCAGCAUCAAUAGGAGGUCAAACUCAGCUGCUAAACUCUCUAGCUGCUGCCCCUAUUAUUGCUAAUGCUAUUCCUGGAGUACAGGGCAUCACUAGCCAGAUUAUAACCAAUGCUCAGGGCCAGGUUAUUGGCACUCUCCCGUGGUUGCUAAAUUCACCAGGGAUCACCGCGGGUGCCGCAGCAGCUGCCAUAUCAGCUCCAAAUCUUGUGCAGGCUGUAACUCCCCAGCUUUUAUUAAACGCCCAAGGACAGAUUAUAGCCACUCUGGCAAGCAAUGCUAUUCAGCCAGCAGCUAUACGGAAGCAAGCCUCCCAAGAUCUACCAGCUAAGACAGAGCAUCAGCCUGUUCAGCAAAUCCAACCUGCUCCUACCAUAACACAGCCGUCAGUUGUUGUCACAAAUCCAUCUCCAGCCAACAUGUCUGCUUCUACCCAAGUCCAUGUCAGCUGUCCAGAGCCCCCAACUGUGGGCCAGCUUGUGUCAAAGCCACACUCUGGAAACUAUGAUGAUGAUGGAAUAAACCUGGAAGAAAUCCGUGAAUUCGCUAAGGAUUUUAAGAUCCGGCGUUUAUCCCUUGGUCUGACGCAGACACAGGUGGGACAAGCGCUCACAGCCACAGAGGGACCAGCAUACAGUCAAUCAGCUAUCUGUAGGUUUGAGAAGCUAGACAUAACACCAAAGAGUGCUCAGAAGCUGAAACCGGUCUUAGAGAAAUGGUUAAAUGAGGCAGAAAUGAGGAACCAGGAGGGACAACAAAAUCUGAUGGAAUUUGUAGGUGGAGAGCCUUCAAAGAAACGGAAAAGGCGCACAUCUUUUACUCCUCAAGCUGUGGAGGUCCUAAACACUUACUUUGAGAAGAAUGCGCUGCCCACUGGCCUGGAGAUCACAGAUAUUGCAAAGGAACUGAACUAUGACCGUGAAGUGGUGAGGGUAUGGUUUUGUAACAGACGCCAGACUCUGAAAAACACCAGCAAGCUUAACGUCUUUCAGAUCCCUUAGGGAGAUAUAUCAAGCCCCUGCCACCACCUUGUCACCAACACUCCAUUGUCACCACAUAUGGUAGUGGUAGAUCCCUCUGACAUUCUCCUGUAAAGCACUUUUGUGGCUGUAUAUACGCUUUUUCCACACUAUGGUCCGCUGCUCCUUCCAGUUCCCUAGCCUCAUGUUUUUAUAUGACAGAAGCCAAGUCCAUCACAGCUCAAUCUGUCUGGUAGCAUUGUUAUACAGAUUCAAUAUACUCUGUGUAACUGUAGAACCAGAUUGGUUCCCUCUAUGGUGGGACUAAAAUUGUAGAGUUUUUUUCACAGACUUAACCCAUAAAUGUUGCUGAAGUUCCUUGGUGAUCAUGUGGAGUGCCACUCUUUUUAUGUAAAUUUCCUGAUGAACAUCCUGGGAUGCUAACAAACAUUUAAUAUCAGAAACCUCUAAUUCACAGUUUUAUUUGUUUACUUAUUCAUGCUUUGGAUUUUAUGCUAUCUUACAAUUAUCUGCCUGUAUGUCGUUUUCUGUGUAUUUAUUUUACUUUGAAGAAAAACUUUGGUAUUCUCAGCUUAAAGGGGUUGGCCAGGAUUUAUAGGAAACUAUUUAUUGUUGCCAAAUUAGUAUUUGCUAAGAUUGUGUGAUCUCUUAUUGUUUUUUGCUUUUCAUUUCUUAUACAGUAUGUGAGGUAACAUGGUUUAUCUUAUUGUUUUCACCAAAAGCUGGCAUAAUUGCCUAAAAACCUUGUAUCCUUUCACUGCUGUUUUCUUAUGCAUCCAUUGGCUUAUACAGUUGGUAUAUACCAGGCUUUAUUACCCUGGGAUCAGUAUAACACAGUGCAAUUGCUCAUACCCAUCGGUACUAAAGACGGCCAUAUACUUUGGUUAAAGGGGUACUCUGGCACUAAGACAUUUUAUCCCCUAUCCAAAGGAUAGGGGAUAAGAUGCCUGAUUGUGGGGGUCCCGCCGCUGUGGACCCCCGUGAUCUUUCACGCUGCACCCCGUUACCAUCAGGCCCCGGAGCGUGUUCGCUCUGGUUCUAAUGACUGGCGAUCACAGGGCCAGAGUAUUGUGAUGUCACGCUCCACCCCCUCAAUGCAAGCGAACGCGCUUCGGGGGCUGAUGGUAACGGGGUGCUGCGUGAAAGAUCACGGGGGUCCACAGCGGCGGUACCCCCGCCAUCAGGCAUCUUAUCUCCUAUCCUUUGGAUAAGGCAUAAGAUGUCUUAGCACUGGAGUACCCCUUUAAGGUGCUUAUAAACCUUCAAUAGCUGUUUGCCAAACAAUUCAGGAGACAGCAAUCCAAUAUGCUUUAUCCUUCUGUUCCCCAACAUCAUCCUUUGGGGAAGAGUCAGAAGAUGGCUGACUUUUCACUAAUGUGUUUAGGGGCUUUUUCAGUUGUUAGCUGAAUGCUGGUUUAGACAAGUAUGGCAGCAGCUUAUCUCCCCUGAGAACAAACGGAUCUGGUAUACUAAAAUCCAACAGUCUGAUCCAUCUUUCCUCUGACAUCUUAUGUCUUCGAAAAGUGAAGACACUCCUAUACACAUUAGAUGAUGGUUGGCCAAUCCUGCCAAAAUUGUCAGGUUUGGAUGAAAUAAAAAAUAAUGUGUAUGGACACCUUAAAAAAGCAACUGAAGCAAAAGAAGAGUUUGUCCAGGGAGCAGAAAAGUAUUGCCUCUUCUGUUCUCCACUUCAGUCCGAGAUGAGAGGGCAUGAGCACCAAAUAACCAUGCCCAAUCAUCGCACUGCACAAUGCUGUGAGAAUUACAAGAAAAAGGUUUAUUUUUCAGUUUAUCUGGGAGUAAAUGUUGUGCACGGCAAUCCUCACGAUACAAAGUCCUGUAGCCAGCACCUUUUACGUUUAUUCAAAAUCCAAUAAAAAUACAACAGGAUACAGAAACAUUAUAUGGACAUAAAAAACAUUAAAAAAGUUUUAUGUAUUGAGGAGUUUAGAUCCAUGCCCUCCCCCUCUUUUUAUGGCGGGAGGUUUGCAGUAGAAUUUUAAAGGUAUCCAGCACAACGAUCUGGCAGCAGGAUAUGUGUACACUGGCCGGCAUUCUUAUAGUGCAAAACUUUGCCCGACAUGAUGCGAUCAUGAGUCAAAAUGCUCCACGACUCUAGACUUUGUAUGGGACUUUCUACUCCUGAUCGUGCCAUGUCAGACCAAGUCUCGGACUACGAGAAUACCAGCCAGUUUGCACAUAUCCUUGGACCGGAUCAUUGUGACAGGUACCUUUUAAGGAUUCAGCAUGGAGUUGAGUGCAUGCUAUGUGUAAGGGCUUAAAGUGGUUCUCCGCCCCUAGAUAUCUUAUCCCCUAUCCAAAGUAUAGGCCCCAGCGGCCAGACCCUCGCUAUCUCUGGGCCGGCACUGCAGCGUUCUGAACACAGCCUUCACACCCUCUCCCAUAGACAUGAAUGGAGGGGGCGUGGUGUGACAUCAUGAACACGGAACGCGGUGGUGCCCACCUGGAGAUCGCGGGGGUCCCAGCGGCCAGACUCCACGUGAUCAGACAUCUUCUCCCCUGUCCUUUGGAUAGGGGAUAAAAUGUCUAGGGGCGUAGUACUAACUUUAAAACAUAAAAUGCGUUAGACAUCCUUGAGGUGUGUUUCUCCUGCAUUUUUCACAAUUUUUUAUGUCCAUAUGAUGUUGUUGUAUCCUACUGGAUUUUUAUUGGAUUUUAAAUAAACAAAAAUUGUAUACAUGUAAGUGCUGACUACUGGACUUCUAUUAGCAACUUAGAAUUAUUUUCAUACAACUGGACAACCCCUUUAAGAGAUGUCAUGAGAUAUAUCUUUCAACCAUUAUUACACAUAUAUUAUCCAGGUAACCUUGUUUGUAGUGAUAAAUCAUGUAUUUAUUCCAAAAAUCCUAAAACUCCUUCCAGUACAUUAUUGGCGUAGAGUUUCUCUGAAUUUCAGUAGAAUAACACAGUUCUGUUUACAGUGUGUGGUGUCUAAGUAACAAUAGUAGGCGAUAUGUGUUUUCCUCUAGCAUGUACCAGGGCUCUGCGAUAAUUUUAAUUUUGAAAAUAUUUAUUAACGUUGAAACAUUGACAAUGUAUGACACAGCUUCACCUAAAGGAUACCAGCCAUCAAUACACAUUUAUACCCUUAACAAUUAUCUGAAUACAGAGCAUGUGACUAAACAAUAUGUUUACAUUUCCUGUGUGUUAUGGUCGUAUCGUUUUCUUUAAUAUUCCAGACUAUUACAUGACAUCAUGAUGUUAGCCAUUUAUAUGGGCAGCUUUAUUUAUGAGCUCUAGAAAGUGAACAGCCCAUUUAUUGGGAGGAGCACAAUUGCUGUGCACAUAGCAGACUUUUAACAUUAUCAGGUGGCUUUUUUGCAAUGUCACAAGAUCUCGUGUGUAAUUGAUAUAAUGUUUUAUAAUUAAAAAAAAAAUGAUGUUGCAACUUUACUGUUUUUUUCAAUAAUGUGUU